CAGAAAACUCUUUGUGGGUAUGCUCAAUAAGCAGCAGUCAGAAGACGACGUGCGCAGGCUAUUCGAGGCAUUUGGCAACAUCGAGGAGUGCACAAUCCUUCGGGGACCCGAUGGCAACAGCAAAGGGUGUGCAUUUGUGAAAUACUCUUCACAUACAGAGGCCCAAGCAGCCAUCAACGCCUUGCAUGGCAGCCAGACAAUGCCGGGAGCCUCUUCGAGUCUGGUGGUGAAGUUUGCAGAUACAGACAAGGAGCGUACAAUGAGACGCAUGCAGCAAAUGGCAGGACAGAUGGGCAUGUUCAACCCCAUGGCCAUCCAGUUUGGAGCGUAUGGUGCCUAUGCACAGGCACUGAUGCAGCAGCAAGCCGCGAUCAUGGCAUCAGUGGCACAAGGUGCCUACCUGAACCCCAUGGCAGCCUUUGCCGCAGCCCAGAUGCAGCAGAUGGCGGCUCUGAACAUGAAUGGCCUGGCGGCCGCCCCCAUAACACCAACCUCAGGUGGAAGCACGCCUCCUGGCAUAACUGCACCAGCUGUGCCUAGCAUCCCAUCUCCCAUUGGGGCGAAUGGUUUCACCGGCCUCCUGCUGCAGGCUAAUGGGCAGCCUGCCACAGAAGCUGUGUUUGCUAAUGGUAUCCACCCUUAUCCAGGCGUGGACACAGUAGUACAGUUUUUGGCUGCCACGACCGCCAGGAAUAGCUUUAUAAUUCCUCGCAUGUACACACCUCAGAAAUCCUUGGUUACAGGUUACAGAAAGG